AAACAGAAAAGGCUAUAAAACACCACCACUUCAUCGGUUCUACUGUAUUAUUACAAUACAGUUUCGUCUUUCGAGAUUUGAGGAGGUUUCCAGUCAUGUUUGUGUCUAAGGUGAUUGUGGGUCUGUUGGCCCUGCUGCUGGUCUGUUGUGCAGAAGAGGAUCCGCUUGCUGAUCUGUCUGUGGGAGAGCGGCUCGAGAGAGUGAACAGUAACACUGUUCGUGGUGUAGACGAGCCCGUGCUGAUUGAAGGAGACAUCGCUGUUUAUGAUGAUAAUGGGAGAAACGCUGAUCCCUGCACCUCCACUGGCUGCAUGUGGCCCAAGUCAAGUGAUGGAAAAGUCUACAUUCCCUAUAAAAUCGCCAAUCAAUACACCGAUCGUGAGCGAGAGAUUAUCGAGCGAGGCCUGGCUUCUUUCUCUUCCAUCACCUGUAUCCGGUUUAUUCCACGCUCCAGUGAGAGGGAUUACAUCAGCAUUGAGUCUCUCUCGGGAUGUUACUCUAAAGUUGGACGUGUCGGUUAUGCACAGACCUUGUCUCUAGCUCGGAGCGGCUGUGUCUACCACGAUACCGUCCAGCAUGAGCUUCUUCAUGCCCUGGGAUUUAACCAUGAACAGACCCGCAACGACCGAGACAGCUACAUCCGUGUUGCCUGGGAGAACAUUAUGGAGGGCAAAGAGCACAACUUCAACAAGAAGGCCACCCUGAACCAGGGUACUGCUUAUGACUACAACUCCGUCAUGCAAUACCACAAAACUGCUUUUUCUAAGAAUGGCCAGCCCACCAUGAUCCCCAUUCCUGACCCCAAUGUGCCCUUCGGAACAGCCAAGGAAAUGAGCCAAAAUGACAUCCUGAGACUCAACAGACUCUACCAGUGCUAAAAUGCAGAAAGGCAGUAUUUCUUCUUGACCUCUCUUCUUGAUUGGAUACCUUCAGAGGGAUAACCAGUAGUUUUGUUGACAGUUUAAAGCAGUUUAAUUGUUUUUCCAGAAAUAAAAGAACUUCAAUUUAAA